AUGGCCGACGAUCAGCAAGGUCAGAAAUCGGCUGGGUUGACACUGAACCUUCCUUCAAACAACCCAUUUCGUAACAACGCCGCCUCGCCCGUCGGCGCAACUAGCCCGGCUUCUCCCUUCGAUGACCCGCCCCCACGGCCUCUAUCGCGCAACCCAUUCCUCGAUCCUGCCCUGACGAGCCGAUCCAGCCUUUCCAACAUUCGUUCCACCCCGGAAACCAUGCCGUUAGAGAAGAGGCCUUCCCUCACAGCCGAGGAGAUCUUUGCAGAGGAAUCGCUGGUAGACGUCCCAAAGCCGACCGGGCAGCCUCCCGGUGGUGCUCGCCGUGGUCCGCCGCCGCCGAAUCGUGAAGGCCGUGGUCCUCCUCCCGAUAGGAGGGGUCCCCCACCGAACCAUCGCCCAACUCGAUCGCAAGAAGAGGCGCUUCGCGCCCGGAGAAAGGAAGAGAAAGAAGGGCGCGGCGAUCGUGGUGACCGACACGGACCCCUUCGCUCGCCACAACGGCGCCCAGAUGGACCACGUCGCCGCCUCUCAGAUUCUUCCUUGAUAGACGUCGACAAGACCACGACUGAAGAAGAGCGGAAGCAGCGAGAACGGAGGCGGCGAGAACGCGAGCGCCGCCGCCGCGCGAACCCUGACCAGAAGGACAAAUUUGAUUUGCUUGACAAGCUGGCCGACCUCAAUAUUUAUGGGGACAAGAUUGUUUUCCACCAUGACGGCCCGUACGACGCUGUCAAUCGCCAUCGCAACAGGGAAGGCAGCCGGCGCGCGCCGAUGCAGGCGUUCCCCGAAGGCUCAUUGAAUAAUACCCUCGGAGGCGCUGGGCCGUUGAACGCCCGUCCUGAUCACGCAGCCUUCAUGGGGCAUCAAGAUGAUGAGGCAUUCAAGGAAUGGUCUCGAGGCCGAAAUGACCCGAACGGCCCUGUCCCACCCAGCAAGGAGGUACCCGUUUUUGACCCGUUUAGUCGCGGAAACGUUCUUCAUGGCGACCAAUCCCUCGGCCUUGGUACAUCGACGUUUUUGGAGGGAACUCCCGCCGCGCGAACAGCGAUUCAAAAGCGUGAGGAGGAGCGUGCGGCAGAGGGCACGGGUGAUGGCCUCCAGCGCAAGAAGUCGCUCGCCCACAGAAUCCGCAAUAUGAACCGUGGGGGCCGCGAAUUCCAGUCCUCAGGCCGCGUCACCAACCCCGAAGCUGGCUAUGGCUCGUAUCGAUCUCCCACACAGAGUGGGCCCGCGUCAGCCUCACUCUCGGAGCGUAACCCGUUCUUCUCUGAGUAUGGUGGUGGAGGUAACAGCAAGGGCGACGAUGAUUUCACUCUCCGUAGAACGGAGACGGACGGCAGUAAGCACUCCCCGACCAGCCCGCAAAGCGGGCCCGGCCUCGAGCGCCGGUCGACUACGGACGCCACGGGCGGCAGUGGUGGUGGUAGUACUGGUGAUGAUGCUUCUCAGCCAAAGGCAAGCGGGAUCCUGGGCCGCAUGAAGAGUCUGAAGGGAAGACGUCAGCGCCCGGUUCCCCCUUCCGGAGAUGUUGAAGCCGCACCCGUACCGGGAACCGCAGUCUGA